AUGAAAAGUCCCGAAUUAGUACUCGAUUUUAUUGUUCGAUGGAAGAGCACCUACACCAUGGUUAAACGUUUUAUUGAUUAUCGCGAGAUAAUUAACAAUAUCAUAACGUCGCCACAUCUUAUUACUGGUCUACGGAAAGACCAGCGCAACAAGCUUAAAACAUAUUUUUCUCAUGAGAAGUGGGAUUAUUUGAAUACUUUAAAACGCGUAUUAGAACCAUUUGUAUACGCAACCGAAAUGCUAUCUGGGCGAAAUUAUCCAACAAUGGCCCUCGGACGAUUUGUAUUAAAUUCGUUAAAGCAUUUUUUAUUAACAGAUUUGAAUACCACCGAAUUAGAUGCGGUACUCAAAAGGUGUCUAUGCACAAAAUUUACGUAUUAUUUUGAAACUAUAUUACCAACUAAGCAGCAGGAGUUGGCACUGGUUGCUUCCUAUUUUCACCCUUUCACGUACAAAUAUCUGAAAGACGAUGAGAAACGAGAAGCCGAAAAACUGAUUUGUGCUGAUAUUCAACGAGAAAAAGCUGUAUGCACAUCAGAAACUCCACAGCCGUCUCCGCCGAGUGUACAGUCUCAAGCAACUACGAAAAAAGAAAAUUCGCAGAUAGAUAAAUUUUUAUUCACAUGUGGACUCUUAAUGGACUCAACCGCGGUAAUGAAUACAGACAAAAAGAUACUGUCCGUUCGAGAAGAACUGGCGAAUUACGUGUCAAGAGUUAAGCCGGAUUCUAAAUUUGAAACAUUUUGGUCAGAAAACAAACAUGAUUUAAAAUGUUUGGCAUCGUUAGUUCGUCGUUAUAAUGUUAUCCUAGCGACCUCCGUUGCAAGCGAAAUAACAGUAAUGGUAAACAGCCACCCCUGGUCAUGUGGUGGAAACUGGAACAGUGAUGACAACUUAAACGAUGAUCAUAUUACCCCAAAUUAUACUAGUGAACAUAUUGACGAGAGAACUGGCAAUUACAACGAUGUCUUGAUCAUGAAAGAAGACGAAGAAACAGUACCAGAGACAUUUAGAACAUUUAGCAUAUGUAACACAUUUAGGAAAUUAGGACAUUUAGGAUAUUUAGGAUAUUUAGCACAUUUGGGACAUUGUGCAUAUUUAGGAUAG